AUGUGAAAAGUUUUAAAAGAGCACCCUCAAUAUUUCCCUCCUGAAAAAGACAUAAGAGGAACUUUUGAAUGGGUGUGGCGAGUAGCGUGCACACGACUUUUUGCAUGAGAAGACGGAAUGCUAAUACCUCUAGCCGAUAAUUUAAAUCAUGAUGAUGGCUACAUUCGUUAUGAAAGUGAGUAUAAAUGUGUCUUAGAAGAAAUAUCAAAAAACAACAAAGGAGAUACAGACUAUAGGGAUUUCUCCAAUGAAAGCCACCCAACUUUUGAAUUUGAAAAAGCCAGAUUCUAUAGGACAAGACUGCAAAAAUAUCUCGAUAAUUCUGAAGAAAACAAAAAAAUUGAAAUUGACUCAAUAUGAGAAUUAGAUGAAGAACUCAAGAAUUAUAGAAGCAGCUCAGACGAGGAAGAUACCAGAGUAAUUGGAGAACUUACUAGCGAAGAGGAGGAUGAAUAUGAAACAAGCACUGAUCUUGAAAUUAGAGAUGAGCCUGAUAGCUAUUUUAUAUUAACAACAGGAGUGAGGACUGGAUUUAAAAAAGGGGAACAAGUAUAUAAUGCUUAUGGUAGAUUAAGCAACAGAGAUCUACUUUUAGAUUAUGGGUUUACCUUACUCUCCCUAGCGUGAAUGAACAAAAAUAUUUUGCUCGCUCACGUAGGGGUUAAUUAUUUUAAAAAAAAUUUAUAUAUAAAGCAAAUAUUAAUUUCCUUGUAAAAUUUAUGUUUUAAAAUAUUAGCUGCUUAAAAUUUAAAAGAAUUAGAUAGAGAUAUCAUUAUAUAAUUAUCACUUAUAUAUCAAAAUUUUCAUAUUAAAAACAUUUUUGCUCGCUAAUUGAGUGUGGCUUUGGGCAAAAAAUAGGGAUUUUCCAAUGUGUUGUUCGCUCACGGAGGGGAUUUAGAAAACAACAGAUAUGAUGCUCUAUACUUCAGAAUUUGAAAUACACGAAGUACGAAAACAGGAUUAUUGCUGCCUGAUGACUAUGAACAGAAGCAAUGAAAAACAGAUGGGCAUUUAAUUGACGAUGUUUCAGAAUUAUACACUCUUAAAAGGAAAAAGCUAAACACACAAAUUUUUAGCUAUUUUAGAGCCUCAACUGAUUUUUCAGCCCCAGAACUUGCUGGUAUUGACCCUCCUAUUUAUUAUGGAACUCCUUGUCUUCCUAAGCUAGAAAUCUAUGUCAUAGAAAAAAUUUUAGCCCUUUAUUCUGAAAUUGAGCGCUAUUUCACAACGCCUUUAGAGUAUGAUUUACAGCUAUUAAGUACAAAUUUGCCUAUAAGAGAAAGGAAUGCUGUAAAAUAUAUUUAGAUUAUUUAUAGAAUUGGUCAGAAAUCAAUAAUGGAAAACCAAAAAGCAAUGCUUGAGAAAUUGAAAAAGAUCUUGGAAGCAAAUGAUAACGGAGCCCCAAUAUACAAGCAUUUAGUCGAAAAAACGAAUGAGGAGCUGCUUACUCCCCCCCCCCCCCUCCGUGAGCGAACAAAAAAAUUUGUUCACUCACGGAGGGGGGUUAAUUUUUUUUUUUUAAAAAAAAUUUAUAUAUAAAUUUUAUAAAAAAUAUUUUUUUCGAAAUUUAAAAAAAAAUCCUAAUUUGCAAAAAUUGGGAAGCAAAUAUUAAUUUAAUUUGCAAAAUUUAUGUUUUAAAACGCAAUUUGUUUAAAAUUAAACAGAAUUAGCUCUAGAUUUCAUUAUACUAAUUAUCACUUAUAUAUCAAAAUUUUUUUCCAUUUAAAAUUUUUUUCUAUUAAAAAAAUUUUUGUUCGCUCACGGAGGGUGGGUUUUUGGUCAAAAAAUGGUGAUUUUUCUAAUGGUUUUGUUCGCUCACGGAGGGGGGGGGGGAGUUAGUGUUUAUCCCUUUAGAUACUACCUUAAAUCUUUAAAAAGUAAUCAAAUAAGUUCUUUAUAUCCAUUAUAA